UAUAAACUUCCUUCCCCAAAAAAUUAAAUAAUGGCGGAAGAAAAACAGGAAAAACUCACAUCCCUCCAGGCACCUCCUCAGGGAGUAAAGACACGGUCAAAAUCUCAAACGGACGAUGAGGAAUUGACCCAAACUCAAAAAAAAUUCCUCUUCGAAAUCUCAAAGCUGGAAAAAUAUUGUGCGAAAUGGUGGAAGAUAAACGAAACGGAUCACUCGGAAGCCGGUCUCAAGCUUUAUGUGGAGGAACUCACCAAACACCUAGCAUGGGUUGAACAGGCAUACGAGCUUGUACACAUGUGUUGCAGUGACGAAAAGUAUAGGAAAGCAUACGAAACGAAAUAUGACGCAGCCAUCGAUAUGUGCCACAAUACUAGGACCCGAAUAAACCAACUGCUCCCCAGACUUCAACAAAACGCGAUAGGCGCAAGCGCAACCACCAUUUCAGCAGCCCCAGCCCCACCCCUAACUCAAAACUACUUAAAAGUACCUGCUUGUGACACUGAUUUCUUUUAUGGCGGCUACGAAGAUUGGCCGUCCUUCAGGGACAUGUUCACAGCAGUGUACAAACAACACCCCCAACUCUCUCAAGCCCAAAAACUGUACUACUUAAAGCUAAAAACCCGAGGUAAAGCAGCACUUUUAAUAAAAAACUAUGAGAUGAAUGACCAAAACUUUGAGCUCGCAUGGGAUGCAUUAAAAUCCCGUUAUGAAAAUCGCAGACUCCUUGUCGACAACCAACUCAAAACCCUCUUUAAUAUUCAGCCCAUUCAAAGCGAAAAUGGGGAAAAAAUUCAGGCAAUUCAGACAACAAUAAACAAUUGCCUCUCGACUUUGAAAUCAAAUGGCGUACCCACAGAAAACUGGGACCCCAUAUUAAUACAUCUCUGCUCCUCAAAACUCCCAGAUGAAACCCUAGCGUUAUGGGAACAGUCACUCGACUCUAGAAAAGAGUUACCCCUCUGGUCAGAAAUGAAUAAAUUUCUGACAACCCGUUAUGAAAUCGUAGAGAGACUUAGUACGUACAGGCCAAAUAAACCCAAGGCCUCAACACCAAAUUAUACCCCACGCUCAUCAACCCCUAAUCAUACUCAUUCCUUCGGCUAUAAAAACAGAACUCACUCAUUUAACACUGAGUUAAAAAAACAGGUAUCUUGCAAAUUAUGCAACUCAAAUCACUCUCUGAUGACCUGUGUCAAAUUCAAGGAGCUCUCAGUUCUAGAACGCAAUAAGUUCAUAAGAGACAACAACUAUUGUAAAAACUGUUUGGCCUGUUCCCACUCAGAAACUGAGUGCCACAGCAAGUUUACCUGCGUUUAUUGCCAAAAACGGCAUCACUCUCUUCUCCAUUACCCCGCUAGAUCACCAACAGCAAAUACAGGCACCAGGUCUAAAACAAAUCAGGCACGAGUCCCAUCUCCAGGGAAUAGCAACCCAAACGAAGCAUCAACCUCAAAGGCAGCUCAACAAACUCUCUCACAUUUUGCGAGUAGUAGAGAAAAAACCCUACUUCCUACCGCAAAAAUCUCAAUCCUGCAUAAUGGAGAAAUUUUCAAAAUUCGAGCUCUUGUAGAUCAAGGAUCUCAGAAAACAUUCAUAGCGUCUCGCAUACAAAAACUGCUUGGCCUGCCGACAAAAGCGACUAGUUAUGAAAUUAUGGGAAUGGGUGGCCGCGUACUGCAAAAUGCGAACAGAAUCUGCCCGAUUACCAUUUGUUCUGCUGAUUCAACUAUGAAAAUAACGACAAACGCGAUAAUACUCCCGCAACUUACUCAUUUCUUGCCAUCGUUCAAAGCUACAUAUAUUGAACUGCAAGAAUACUCAUCCCUCCCCCUAGCAGACCCCCACUGUUUUACUCCAGCUCGAAUAGACAUGGUAUUAGGAAGCGAUGUCAUUCCCCAAGUGUUACUCCCAGGCCUAAAAACCAAUGUCGGUGGAAGUUUGAUAGCCCAAAACUCAAUAUUUGGGUGGAUUUUGAGCGGCCCACUGACGGAACAAGUAUCAUCAUUCUCAACCCAGGUAGUUGAAAGCACAACAAACUCUCUCAAUGAUCUGCUCAAGAAGUUCUGGGAUCAGGAGGAAGUACCAGCAACCCCAUCCCUCACUGACGAUGAUGUAUUUUGUGAAGAUCUCUAUCAAAAGUCCACAACUCGCAGAGAUGACGGUCGUUACGUGGUAAAACUUCCGUUUAAAACUACAUUCCCGGACACGAUUGCACUCGGACACUCCAAGCCUGCAGCACAACAACAAUAUCUCAGUAUCGAGCGAUCGCAUGAAAGGAAGCCGGAACUGCAACAAACAUACUCGAAGGUCCUUGAAGAAUACCUCACAUUAGGUCACAUGGAACCCACAUCGUCCCGAGAAAUAAUACGUGAAGGCAAAUAUUUUUCAUUCUACCUACCCCACCACGCAGUAAUAAAGCCACAUAGUAAAACUACCAAGGUGCGAGUAGUUUUCAACGCGUCGAAACUUUCGCAUUCAGGUAUCUCUCUUAAUGACAUCCUCCACACAGGUCCAAUACUCCAAAAUGAUCUUAUGCUCGUUCUACUCAAAUGGCGUUUGUACAAAUACGUUUUCAAUGGCGACAUUGAGAAAAUGUACCGCCAGAUAUACAUUCACCCAGAGGAUCAAGAAUUCCAAAGGAUACUUUUCCGCAGAACCCCUCAAAGUUCGGUACAAGAUUUUAAAUUAAAAACUGUUACCUUUGGUGUCAAUUGCGCGCCAUACCUCGCGAUAAGAACGCUUCACCAACUAGCUAAAGACUCAAGCAUCAAAUACCCAAAAGCCACAGAAAUACUGUUAAAUGAAAUAUACGUUGACGAUAUACUCUCUGGGGGUCACGACCUCGACUCAGCACUUACGUCAAUGACCCAGGUAACUGAUGCGUUAAAAUCAGCAGGUUUUCCAUUAAAAAAAAUGACUGCGAACCACAAAUAUCUACUCAAAAAUAUACCUAAACCAGACCUCUUAGAAACACACUUUCUUGAAUUCCAUGAUUCCAGUUCAACAAAAACUCUCGGCGUAACAUGGAAUGCACGCAACGAUGAAUUCUCAUACUCUAUUGACCCCCUGCCAGACUCCACAGCAGCCACUAAAAGACAGAUUUUGUCCUCCGUGGCGAAACUUUUCGACCCGGCAGGGUGGCUAUCGCCAAUGAUGAUCCAGGCGAAAAUCUUACUCCAACAACUCUGGAUGGAAGGUACCGAUUGGGACGAGAACGUCAAACCCGGAGCGCUUCGCAAGUGGACUUCAUUUCGAGAAAACCUCAUAGCCAUCAGCGAAAUACGGAUACCGCGAUGGGUUCAGUUUUCCCCUAAUAAAACCAUUCAGCUCCAUGGAUUCUCAGACGCAUCCGAAAAAGCAUUCUGCGCAUGCGUUUAUCUCCGAGUGGAACACUGUGAAAACUCGGCAUCAUCUCAUUUGCUCGUAGCAAAAAGUAAAGUCGCACCCCUCCAAACAGUGAGUCUGCCUCGCUUGGAACUGUGUGGAGCGGUCCUUCUCUCCAAACUUGUGAAGCAUAUUCGAUCCCAACUUAAUCUGCCGACCCAUGAGCUCAUACUCUGGUCAGACUCCUCUAUCGUGCUGGCCUGGCUAGAAAAACCACCAUGGACAUGGAAGACAUAUGUGGCGAACCGAACUUCCCUCAUCUUGCAGAAUGUCAAUAACGCCACAUGGAGACACGUAUCGAGCUUAGACAAUCCCGCAGAUUUAGGCACUCGAGGAUGCAAGCCACAAGAUCUAGCGUCAUGUUCCCUAUGGUGGAAUGGCCCUCAGUGGCUCACCAAACCCUCAGCGAGCUGGCCAAAGAAUGCGCCUCAAACGCUCUUUCCCCCUGAACAAAAAUCUGUGGAAUCUUAUCACACAAUAGAGAACGAAGACCCUCUCACUCGAUUCUCGUCAUUUCCUCGCGCCCUUAGGGUAAUCGCUUACGUGUAUCGGUUCAUCCGCAGCGCACGAAAGGAACCAAUACCCACGACGCACACACUCACCCAGGACGAAAUCAGUUACGUCAAAACCCGGCUCAUCAUAUGCGCCCAACACAAUCAUUACGCAGAGGCGGUCGCACAACUGGAAGCCGCGAAACCGAUUUUCUCCACACAACUCUACUCCACGCGGGAAAACAGCUCAUGGUCCGGAUGGUACAACAAGAGUAUUACGUCCCAAGACUUAAGCAGAAAGUUAAAAAAUGCAUUUUCCACUGCAAGGUGUGCACCAUACACAAGCGAGAAAUGCGAUCGCAGAUAAUGGCGGCCUUGCCUCCAGCACGAGCAACCUACUCGCUACCAUUUCACACCACGGGAAUAGACUUCG